UUCAGUGCGGGUUUAGUUUAUUUAAUGUACCGCUGCUUCGAGGAGGUUUGCAUUUUCAAACCAAAUUCUUCUAGACCAGCGAAUUCGGAACGUUACCUAAUAUGCAAAUACAAACGGCCUGGCACGGAAGCUGUUGUACGACAUCUUGUACAAGUAAAUGAAAUACUUCUUAAAGGCGAUGCAAAUGAUGACGUUGUGCAGCUAGUGUCAAUGGAUGAGUUGGAAAGGGAGCAACAAUUCCUACAAUAUUUACGUGAGUCCAACGAGGUUUUAGGAAGGAAACAAGUAAUAGGAUUGUGUAAAAUCGCCGCUUUCUAUGAGGAUAGUACUCUUGUUGAAGUGAAACAGGCCGAAAUGCGCACGGAAUGUUUAAAAUAUUGGGACAUACCUGAUGAAAGCAGAACAGUGCCCAGGAAAAUGAAGCCUAAGGAGAAAUUGAAUCAACUUCUUAAAAGUACUACUUUCCUUUGUAGUACUGCGAAGAAAUUAACCAAGGAUAAUAUUGAGAGCACAAUAUUAACGCCAUAUGAUUGGUUUUGCAUGCCAUGUGGUACUGGCCCUACUUACGACGACAAGAACGCUACAUUUUAUAUGGGCUUGGGCCGAAGGAACGUCUAUCGAUACGUUAAAAAUAAUUGGGAACUG